AUGCGGAUCAAGAAGGUCUACCUGUACAAGGCAAAGUGGAAGCUCGUCCGCGAUCUCGGGUCCGGCGAUCUCGACAAGGACGGCGCAGGGAGCCGCAACUGGCCACUCGACCCGGACGGCUUCGACGAGCUGAUCGAGAGCAAGCAGUUCACCAACGGCGCGGACAAGGAGACGGUCAAGACGCUGUACCGCAAGAUGAGCGAAGCGCAGCUGAGCGGCAUCGAGAUGCUCGAUUUCACGGGCAUCUCGGCGCCAUCAGUGAGCGACAUGGAGCAGCUCGGCCGGUGUCUCAACUUGUGCGAGAAUCUCUCGCAGUGCGACCUCACGGGGGUCGGACUCACGGAUGAGCCGUGCAGAGCAUUGUUCUCCACCCUCAAAUUCAACGCGGUAUUGACCGAGUUGGACCUCGGCGGGAACGAGAUCGGCGACGAGGGUGCCACCGCGCUGGCCUCCGCUUUGGAGGUCAACGGGGUGCUGACCGACCUCAACCUCUGCAACAACAAGAUCCGCGACGAGGGCGCCGCCGCGAUCGCUGAGGCGCUGCGCGGCAACAGGGUGUUGAAAGCCCUCUACAUCGGCGGCAACGAGUUGGGCGACGAGGGCGCGAAAGCGAUUCGAGAUGCGGUUAGCGGGCGGGAAGGGUUCACGCUCCAGGGAUGUGAGGGGUGCUGA